GCAGGUGUGUGAUGUUGAGCAGAAGAGCUCUGUGUAGUUACAGUGAAUCAGAGCAGGAGCGCGUCAUGGGACGCCAGUGCGCCAAAGAAGAGACGCUGGAUCGGUGCGCCUGACUUUCACGGACACUUUUACGCAAUUUCUCAUGUGUUCAGACUUCCAGAUCGCAACUGCCUGAAUCCUCAGACUUUUCAAAGUAUUCUUUCUGGACGGUCUUUUGAACAGUAGACAUGAAUACUACAUUCAACCAAACGGACAGCGGAAUCUUCUCCAACCGGACUGAGGAGAUCCUCCUGUGCUGUAACUUCUCGUCGGUGGUGACGGAUAACAGCUUCAUCGCGGCCGCUCCGGAUGAGAGGAGCCUCUUCAUCAUGAGAAUAGUUCAGAUAGCGGUGAUGUGCGUCCUGUCCCUCACCGUAGUCUUCGGGAUCUUUUUCCUUGGCUGUAACUUGCUGAUCAAGUCGGAAGGGAUGAUAAACUUUUUGGUAACAGACCGGAGACCUUCCAAAGAGGUAGAGACGGUCAUCGUGGGCGCGUACUAGAGACAUGAUGAGGAUUAUGCACUGCCAUCAAAAGAAGUUUGUGUAGCCUACCUCCUGAUGGACAUGUAUUUCGAUGGCCUCUUUACAAACAGGACACAAUAUUAUUUGGCCCGCUAAAAACUAUGAUUUGGAGAUCAACUGAACGCACUCUCUCCAUUUUGCGCACACGCGUUUCGGCUCUUACAAUCAAGCGCUUUUCAAUUAUGAGACGAACCACCCAGAUUUCAAAUCAGAUACAGGCAUGGAUUCUUACAUUGGUCAUUGAAAAUAUGUAUACUGUAUGUGCAAACACGGGAGUUGUUGCACAUAUUGACUGUUUUGUAAUGGUUAUGGAUCUCCUUCUGUAAAGCACAUUGUAAGCACUGCGCGGACUAAUUAUUUGUUGU